AGGACAGAGCUGGUGUUGGUGGGCUCCCAGAGCUUGGCGGAAGGAGGGAAGAAGGGGAGGAGGUUGGGGCGGGCCGGUAGGCGGGCAAGGGAGAGGGGGAGGCGGGGCUCAGAGCCAGAGAGGCUGUCCUUAGACAGCUCUUCUCAUGCCGGGCAGUUUGCAGCAUCUGGAGGAGCUCACUGGAGAAUCUCUAACAUCGGAGCGGGCCUUCAACUACCAUCUCACCACCUGCUGAGAAGAAAAUCCCUUCAAGGCUCAGAGUGUGCAUCGAGCACCAGAGAUCCCAUGAUCCUGGACAGGCCAGGGGAGGGGGCCACCAUGCUGCAGAAAUUCACUCUCUUGCUCUUUUGUAUUCGGCUGAGUCUGGGUAUGAUGACAUCAACAGCAAUGGAAUCUCAACCAGAGCUGUGGAUAGAGUCCAACUACCCUCAGGCCCCUUGGGAGAACAUCACGCUUUGGUGCAGAAGCCCCUCUCGGAUAUCAAGCAAGUUCCUGCUGCUGAAGGAUAAGACACAGAUGACAUGGAUCCGCCCUACCUACAAGACCUUCCAAGUUUCAUUCCUCAUAGGUCCCCUUACUGAGUUCAAUGCAGGUCUUUACAGGUGCUGCUACUGGAAGGAGACAGGCUGGUCAAAGCCCAGUAAAGUUCUCGAGUUGGAGGCACCAGGCCAGCUGCCCAAGCCCAUCUUCUGGAUCCAGGCUGAGACACCCCCUCUUCCUGGUUGUAAUGUUAACAUCCUCUGCCAUGGCUGGCUGCAGGAUUUGGUAUUCAUGCUGUUUAAAGAGGGAUAUGCAGAGCCUGUGGAUUACCAAGUCCCAACUGGGACAGUGGCCAUAUUCUCCAUUGACAACAUGACACCUGAUGAUGAAGGGGUUUACAUCUGCCGCACUCAUAUCCAGCUGCUCCCUACCCUGUGGUCAGAGCCCAGCAACCCCCUGAAGCUGGUUGUUGCAGGUGGGUGUGGCCGUGGCUGCUGGCGUCUGACAAUUAUUAUCCCAGGGAUCAUGACUCGUUGAGGCAAGGUUUCUGAUUUUACUUUCCUCAGCCAGUUCCUGGGCCUUGCAAGACCCAUGAUCUAGAGUCAUUUGAAAUUUUACUGAGAUACAAAUUGGAAUCUCAUUCGCAGCAAGGCAGACAUAUGGAAGCCAAUCAUUUGGCUAGUGAGGGAGCCCAGCCAACUGUCCAGCAGCUUCAGCUCAUCACAGCUUUGUUGCUCUAUACUUGUUGAAUAUCAUGCAUGCAUUCAUUCAUUCAACUAAUAUUUAUUGAGCACCUAAUAUGUGCCAGGCACUGCCACUGCAGUCUUACAAAUGGAUUUUUAACAAUUUUCAAUGGAUUUUAUUUGUUGUUAUUAUUUUAAAGUAUGGAAAAUAGAAUGAGUUGCUAGUGCUGGUGAGCAAAAACAAACAAAGCAAAUGACAAAGAAAGGGACAGCCCAUAUUUUAGAAAUGGCUUUAUGAUUCACUUUGGUUGCAUAUUAAUACAGCAAGUAAGGCAGCACCCUCUCUAAACACAGAAGAAGGCCCAACUUCCCUACCCCAUGGUCUGGGGGUUUCUAGAUGGUAUUGACCAUGUUUGCUUUAGUCUCUUCAUCGAGCUAAGUAGGCUUGGGGAAAGUUGUGGUGCCACAGAAGUUACCUUGGACUUAGAAGCAGUAAUCCUGGUUUUUAGUUACAUCCCUGAUACUGCCUCCCUGUGUGAUCUUGAGCAAGUUGCUUGACCUCUUUGUGCUUUGGUUUCCUCCUCUAUAAAAACGGGACAACAGUAUCUAUCUGACCUGCUGUAUAAUGCCUCUCUGUGCCUCAGUUUCCUGAUAUGCAAAAUUGGUAUAAUAAUAAUGCCUACCUCACAGGGUUGUUGUGAGGAUUUGCAUAAAUAUAUGUACAGUGCCUGGCAUAUAAGUUCUCAAUAAAUGGUAGAUAUAAAUUUUA